AUGAGCGACCCGGAUCUGAAGAGCCUCCUGGAGAAGCUGACCGAGGUCUGCCUCCAGAACCAGGACCUCCAGAAGGAGCAGCAAGCCCAGCAGAAGGCGCUUCAGGACCUCGUGAAGACCGUCACGGCCAAGCCUAUCAUCGCGCCACCGAAGCUCAACGCCAACACCAACGACAACAAGGAGUUCCUACUCGAGUCGUUGGCCAACACGAUGGUCGAGUUUCAUUACGAUCCGGAUAGCGAUGACGGCCUGUUCGACGUCUGGUACUCGCGGUACGCGGACACUUUCUCCCAGGAUGCUUGCAAGCUCGAUGAUGCCAGCAAGGUGAGACUGUUACUGCGGAAGCUGGACACUCGGGCGCACAGCAGAUACGCCAACUUCAUCCUGCCGAAAAAGCCGAAGGAUAACGACUUCGAGGAGUCCCGCUGCAAGUGCCUGCAGUUCAUCAAGCCGGAGUCGGACGACUUCAUCGCCUACGCUGGCGCGGUGAAUCGACUCUGCGAGGACUUCAAGCUGAGCAGCCUGAAGGAGAACGAGUUCAAGGCGCUGAUCUUCGUUUGCGGACUACGCUCGCACCGGGACUCCGAAAUUCGCACCAGACUGCUGUCCAAACUCGAGACGGAUGCUGCUACACUUACGGUCGACACCCUCGCAACCGAAUGUCAGCGGCUCCUCAACCUGAAGCAGGACACAGCACUGAUCGAGAACGCCGCACACUCCUCCACUUCUGUUGUCAACUCUCUUUCUGACAAAAGUCGGACGCAAGGAAGACGCCAAAAUCCCCUGGCUAUGUGGUGGUGUACACUACACGGAGGCCUGCCCUUUGUAAAACACGUCUGCAAAGAGUGUAAACAAAUCGGGCACAAAGACGGCUACUGCGCGUUCGCGAGGCCGUCCGGGAAACCGCAGCGUUCCAGCGUGAAGGAGGUCUCGAGCGACCAGACCAGCACCCGUCGCAGAAGGAAGUUUGUCAGCAUCCUGAUCAACGGUAAGCCGAUCAAGCUCCAAAUCGACACGGCCUCGGACAUCACGGUGAUCAGCCGCGAUAAUUGGUUGGCUCUUGGAUCUCCCGCAACUCGCCCGACAAGUCACGAAGCUACUAGCGCGUCUGGAGGCCACGUCAAGCUGGAGGCAGAGUUCGAGUGCAGCGUGACGCUGCAGGAUUCCUGCCGCUCAACCGUCUGUUACGUCGCACCCAACAGCAACCUGAACCUGCUCGGGUUGGACCUGAUCGACGCUUUCGACUUGUGGUCUGUCCCGCUAUCUUCGGUGUGCAACCGGGUGACUGUCGCGGACGGCGUUCUGGAUCAAGUUCACCAGCUGCAGCGCAAGUUUCCGGAGGUCUUUCUGGACACUCUGGGCCUCUGCACGAAAACGAAGGUGAAGCUGUUUCUGAAGCCGAAUCAACAGCCCGUGUACGUGCCGCGCCGGCCAGUCGCGCAGACCGCCUACGAACCGCUGCAGGACGAGCUGAAGCGUUUGGAGAACCUGGGGAUCAUCUCGUUCGUCGAGCACUCCGACUGGGCCGCGCCGAUUGUGGCUGUACGGAAGGCGAACGGCAGCAUCCGGAUCUGUGGAGAUUACUCCACCGGGCUCAACAACGCGCUCCAGCCGAACGAUUACCCGCUGCCAGUGCCGGACGACAUCUUCGCAUCCCUUGCUGGAAUGCGCCAUUUCAGCAUAAUUGAUCUCUCCAACGCCUACUUACAGAUCGAAAUGGACGAAGAUUCGAAGAACCUCCUCACGGUCAACACGCCGGGGCUCUUCAAGUUCAACCGUUUGGCACCGGGCGUGCGUCCAGCCACGGGCGCUUUCCAGAAGAUCAUGGACUCCAUGACCGCUGGCCUGACCGGAGUUCGCGUCUAUUUGGACGACAUUCUGGUUGGCGGGGCCACUGAGGAAGAGCAUCUACACAACCUGCACGCGGUGCUCGAGCGCAUCCGCGACUACGGUUUCCACCUCCAGCUCUCCAAGUGUCGUUUCUUCAUGGACGAGAUCAAGUACCUGGGCCACGUAGUCAACAGUUCAGGUAUCCGCCCCGAUCCGGCCAAGCUCCAAGCGAUCUCCACGAUGCCGCCUCCGAAGAACGUUUCAGAGCUGCGCUCGUACCUCGGCGCAGUGAACUACUACGCCAAGUUCGUUUCGGAGAUGCACCGUUUGCGCCAUCCGAUGGACCAGCUGCUCAAGGCCAACGCACAGUGGAACUGGACCAAGGAUUGCCAACGCGCGUUUGAGGAAUUCAAGCGCCUCCUGUCGUCAGAUCUCCUGUUGACGCAUUUCGAUCCUCGCCACGAGAUCAUCGUUGCUGCCGACGCGUCCAACACCGGAAUCGGUGCCUGCCUGAUGCAUCGCCUGCCAACAGGAGCCAUCAAGGUCGUGCAGCAUCGUAGCCGUUCGCUCACCCCCGCCGAGAAGAACUACGGACAGAUCGAGAAGGAAGGUCUCGCACUCGUGUUCGGUGUCAUGAAGUUCCACUCCAUGAUCUAUGGCAGACACUUUACCCUGCAGACCGAUCACAAGCCCCUUCUCUCAAUCUUCGGCUCGCACAAGGGCAUCCCAGUUCACUCGGCGAACCGACUGCAGCGUUGGGCCAUCAUACUACUCACCUACGACUUCCGUAUCGAGUACAUCGCUACGGAUCAGUUUGGCUAUGCGGACGUGCUCUCCCGUCUCAUCAGCCAGCACAGCAGAGAAGACGACGAAGACUUCGUGAUCGCCGCAAUCUCGUUGAAUGACGAACUCGGAGUUUUUAUCGACUCGUCGGUCAGCAACUUCCCGGUCACGCACGCCCUGAUCCGGAAUGCUACGAAGGAGUCGAAGUCGUUGCAAGCGGUCAUCAAGUACCACCACGAAGGCUGGCCCGAGUCUUCCACGAUGAUCGCUGAACCCGAAGCGAAACUUUUCUUCUGCCGCCGUUUUGCUCUCAGCGUGGUCGAAGGAUGUCUUCUCCUGGGUGAGCGCGUCGUCGUACCGGAAGUAUACCGCAGGCGCAUUCUCAAGCAGCUGCACAAAGCGCAUCCCGGAAUUGUGCGCAUGAAGUCGCUUGCGCGCUGUUACGUGUUCUGGCCCCGAAUCGACGCGGACAUCGAAGACCUUGUGCGCGCUUGCCCAAAGUGCGCCGCUGCAGCCAAGCUUCCAACCAAGGCACCGCUCCAGUCCUGGCCGACCCCGAACGGCACUUGGGAGCGGGUCCACAUCGAUUACGCUGGCCCGAUGAAUGGAGUUUUCUUCUUCGUCGUAGUGGAUGCGUACUCAAAGUGGCCGGAGAUUUUCGCAACCCCAUCGUCUUCCACCAAGGCGACUCUCAAGCUGCGGCAGUGCAUCGCUCGCUUUGGUCGUAUGGACCUUCUCGUUUCGGACAACGGUCCGCAGUUUACGAGCGCUGAGUUCCGAACGUUCCUGAAGCAGAACGGAAUUCAGCACGUGACGACCGCUCCAUACCAUCCGGCGUCCAACGGUCAAGCUGAGCGCUUCGUCGACACGCUGAAGCGAGCUCUCAAAAAGAUCAACGAAGGGGAGGAUUUGGAGGAAACUCUGCAAGUUUUUCUUCAAGCGUACCGGUCGACUGCGAACCCGCAAGCACCCGGUGGUAAAUCUCCUGCGGAGCUGAUGCUGAGUCGUCGGCCUAAAUCAACAUUCGAUUUACUACGAGCUCCUCCAUGCCGCCGAAGCCCACUCCUGCGAACGAGAAGCAGAACGCUGACUACGACCGGAAACAUGGAGCUGUGGAAAGGUGUUUCGCGCCCGGUGACCUGAUCUUCGCACACGUGUUCCGUCGCAACGAUUUCACGUGGGCACCAGGGCAAGUAAUCGAGAAGGUCGGCGCAGUGAACUACGUCAUCAAACUCGAAGGAUCCAACCGUCCAAUCAAGGUGCACACCAACCAGAUACGACGCCGUCGCGUCGCUAACGCAACAUCGGCGGAAGCUCAACCUGGCACACUUCCGCUGGACAUCCUGCUGGACAACUUCGAGAUCGAGACGCAGCCAUUGCCGAGUGGAGAUUCACCUGUUCUACCUGGAGACGAUCGACCUUUCCCGCGCCGUUCUGAACGAGACCGCAGAGCUCCGGAUCGCUACACCCCGGGACUUUGGGCUUAAAGGGGGAUAUGUUGGGUUCCCACAGAACCACCAGCCGUUCUAACAAUUUCGCGACUCGCUGUACUCCUUGGUAGCACCCAGGUCGAGAGAGGCGCGAUCGGAGAUGUAAUUGUACCUUUAGUUUUUCUGCAUAUCAUUACUGUUAGUCGCUGU